GAGCCAAUCAUUUCUUAGUAGCUGCACGCGACAUUUGUCUUCUUGCAGGACGAUCUGUUUCUGCAUGCACCUCCCAUUUCCAUGUAGGCCCUCCCCGAGUUAUGAAGGGGCCUGACGCAGUCCAUCCUUGUGUUACUCCCCUUUGAGAUGGGUACAGUGAGAGAGAGAUAGGGAUCGAGAAACGCAAACAAGGCGACCAGAUUUCUGGUGGCUGUAUCCAGCAACUGUUCAUCAUUAUCCUGCCGCCACUCAUCUAAGAUUAAACUGCAUGUAGGCGUUCCAAUUAUUUAAGGGGUUGAGCUGAUCAGAGGUGAAGUGGUCGUUUGCUGAUUCGAGGCUGCUUCUGUUUAUGGCAAUUGCCAGCAGCCAUGAGAGGAGACGAUGACGAGGAUGGGCAUGAGCACGAUCUCGUGAUGCCCGGAUUCCGCUUCCACCCAACCGAGGAGGAACUGAUCGAGUUCUAUCUCCGCCGCAAGGUCGAGGGAAAGCGAUUCAGUGUAGAGCUCAUAACUUACCUCGAUCUGUACCGCUACGACCCAUGGGAGCUUCCAGCACUAGCCACGAUCGGAGACAAGGAAUGGUUCUUUUACGUUCCUAGAGAUCGAAAGUACAGAAACGGGGAUCGACCCAACCGCGUCGCCACAUCAGGCUACUGGAAGGCAACCGGUGCAGACCGAACGAUCCGAACGGAGAACCACCGCUCCAUCGGGUUGAAGAAGACCCUAGUCUUCUACUCGGGGAAAGCUCCAAAAGGCAUCAGAACAAGCUGGACCAUGAACGAGUAUCGUUUGCCACACGGCGAGACAGACCCGUAUAUGAGGACUGAAAUCUCACUCUGCCGCGUGUAUAAAAGAGCUGCAGUAGUAGACCGUCGCCAGCUUCCCGGAACACUCGCUUCCGAGCCAUCACGCUCACGAGAGCCUAGAAUGGAGAAAGAACACUUCUUUUGUUCAUCGACACCGGUCAUGGAGAUGACACCACAAGCGCCGGGUGGAGCUCCAAGCAACAACUUAUCCUCCCCUGUAUUGUCGACACUAUACAGCACGACCGACUCGAUAGCUUCGUUGAGCUCAACUACAUCAACGGAAGAACACAAGUCUCGGCUUCACCAAUAUUCCAAGAACAGUGUAAGCGUUCUGGUACCCGCAAACUCCCUUCUCACUUCCACACUUGACAUCGAAGAGCUCAACAAGUUGGCAAGUUACGGCCGAAGCUUGAUGAACCAACCGAGUCAGCAUCUGCCGGUGAUCUCAGCUGAGAAUAUAUGGGAGGACUGGUGGAAUCCUCUUCCGGAGGUUGGUAAGGAUUAUAGUGGUUUCGAGUGAUCGUUCACACACACAUGUAACAUAAUAGGAGUACAAUAAUAUAUUGUACGGGACCAAAGUUAACGUAGAAUAAAGCUUGUAGUUCAAUUAUA